AUGGACUUUGGUGGCGUCAAUAUAUCAGGGGAGACUGCUUAUGGACAGAGCACGACAUUAGGAAAUCCAGCACGCGAUGAUUAUCAGUUCACGGAACAGCGACAGAAAGACACUGCCCAGCAACAAAGAGAGGAGGACAAGUAUAUGUUUGAUACUGUUGUGGUUGGGGAUAUAAAACCUAGAGGGGGUCAAGGACGGACGUCGACUUUAAGUUCAGCCGGAAAGAUGGAGGCUAGGCACGGGGGUAUUGACGGGAUUGGUGGUGAUGGUCUCCAGGGACAUGCAGUAGAUAUGACGGCUAUUUCCGAUGAUAUGCUACCGGUUAAUAUGGUCGGUCAGGGUUAUACAUUGGACAGUGGACAUAUGAAUGUGGAUGAUGAGAUGGGCGAAGGUGCUGGUCGAGAGGGGAGUGAGGAUGCACUUUCAGGAGGACCAGAGGGGACACAUGGUAUACUGAAAAUUAAUAUGGAUGAAAGUCAAGGGCAAACUACUGCAUGGAGUGAGACUAAGACAAAGGCUGGAAAAGAGAGGAAAAGACUUCCGCUUGCAUGUAUUGCUUGUCGCCGCAAGAAGAUACGCUGCUCUGGCGAAAAACCUACAUGCCGACAUUGUCUUCGUUCACGCACACCAUGUGUCUACAAACAAUCAACACGGAAAGCUGCUCCCCGUACCGAUUACAUGGCAAUGCUUGAUCGUCGGCUGAAAAGAAUGGAAGAGAGACUGAUAAAGAACGUACCAAAAGAAGAGGUUAGUAGUGUACUUUCUGUGACCGGGAGAUCCGUUGUUAGGCCUAGCCUAUCUACCAACAGCGCCAGGUCAGGGCCAAUGGGGAAGAAAAGAACAGCCGGUGCCGCGUUUGGAAACGAAUUAGAGACGUGGGCCCGUUCUGAAAACCCGAUCAAACACCGUGCUGGAGGUCUGGGAGAUCUAUCAACCAUAAAGCAAGCAGACUCAGAUGAUGGCUCUCAAGCACUGCCGUCUAAAGAGAUCCAAGAACAUCUGGUAGAGACAUUUUUCGAAUUUAUAUAUGGGCAGCCUUAUUACUUACUACAUAAACCAUCAUUCAUGAGACGAUUAAGGAAUGGAACUGCGCCGCCGGUAUUAGUUUUAGCAAUAUGCGCUAUUUCGGCAAGAUUCUCCAAGCACCCCGCUGUACGUCAUGAUCCGCCAUUUUUGGCUGGUGAGAGUUUUGCUACAGAGGCGCGGCAAUUGGUACUAAAAAACUUCGAUAAUCCAAAUAUUACUAAUGUUACUGUUUGUACACUGCUCUGUCUUCAUGAAUUUGGCACAUGCCAAGGAGGUAGGAGUUGGGCAUUUGGAGGAAUGGCAACACGAAUGGCACACGCUUUACAAUUACAUAGGGAAAUUAAUAAUGAUCCCAUUGGGAAGGCUUCAGGAACGUCGAGAUCAGAUUGUCUCUCCGAGGAAGGGGCACCGGGGAACAAUAUGUCUUUUGUCGACAGAGAAAUUCGAAGACGCUGUAUGUGGGCUUGUUACGUGAUGGACAGAUUUACUUCAUCCGGCACGGAAAGGCCUUGCUUAAUAUCAGAAUCAGAAAUCGAAAUCCAACUUCCAUCUCACGACAGAAAUCUCGAGCUUGAUAUACCAACAAUUACGGAACGAUUGGAUGGUAGUGUUAACGUUCGUAAUUUGAAGGAUCUCGCGCUCGGGGAAAAUAAUAUAGUGGAUAAUAUGGGUGUUGGAGCAUAUAUUGUCAGGGUAGUAUCGUUGUAUGGCAGAGUUGCAAAAUAUUUCAACCAGGGUGGAAUAGAACGUGAUGCACGUCGUGUUUGGGAUUCCAAUUCCGAAUUUCUUGGUCUUGCCGCCGAGGCAGACCGCUUUGCAAAUACUUUGCCCGAGCGACUACAUUACACAACUGAAAACGUAGAAGCCCAUAUAACUGAGCGAAUCUUCUGUCAGUUCAUAUUUGUGCAUCUUUCCUAUCAUCAGAUCAGGCUUUUUCUUCAUAAAUCCGCUAUACCACCAGCGCCUGAUGAGGUUCCGGGCAUGCCAAGAGAAUUCGUAAAAUCCGCGAGCGAUAUAACAGUUGACGCGGCUACGCAAAUCGCCAAGAUUUUGGAGGAUGUUGAGGAGCGUGGCGCUGUGGUUGCUGCGCCUUUCAUGGGGUACUGCGCAUUCAGUUCUGCCUUGAUUCACCUAGGGAGAAUGUUUACUACAGAAAAUAAUGCACAGAUCGAGGCAAAAAGAUAUAUGGAAGUCUGCCUUAGAUUCCUAUUGAAUAUCAGACAAUACUGGGGACUGUUUUGCUAUAUAACAGACAACCUAAAGCGAACAUAUCGCAAGUUCUCAGAGGCUGCUGCCAAAGGCUCUUCAUUAUCAGGGUUAUCAAAUCAUCGGGAAACUGGACAGGUGUUACAAUAUGGGGAUUGGUUUCAGAAAUACCCACAAGGGGUAUCAGCUAGCGAUUACGCAAGGAAUACAAAGAAAGAGAGGACCAGCCAAGAAGUCGAUAAUUCUUCUGGAGAUGCAAUUUUUAGUCAAAGAUCCAAUCUUCAAACUGCAGAAGAAUAUUUUGCAAAAUUAGGAUCAAGAAGCCAAAGGAGCACGCCAUCAGUGCCACCCCUUUCCAAACGUCAAACACAAUCUCAUGCUCGCGCCUCGCCGGCGCAUGGGUCGUCAUCGAUGCAUAGCGCCUCCCCGCAGUCAGUGCAUCAUAGUCAAUCACCCGUAGUAUAUCAGUCUCCGACAACGCAGCAGUCUCCGGUUAUGGGCGUAUCUCCUCCGGUCAUGGUACCUACACCGCCUAUGGUUUCUGGACACGGAAACAUUGAUUUGAAGUUGGACCCGCAGCUGCUAAAUCCCACCAUGCUUCGUCGUCCAUCGGAUACCUCUUCGGUUAAUUUUGAGCAAUCUGCCCAGCAUCACCCCCCAAUGUCAUCGCUGGUUCCAAAUAUUUCAUCGCCGGUCUCGUUUUCGAAUUACCCCGUAAUAUCCCGGACAUCCGCAGCCACCGUCAGUCCAAUCUCGACAGGGAUGCACGCUUCCCAGCAACAAGAUUAUUUUUAUGAUUUAUAUCCAGGGGGAUCUGAUCCGUCGACAAUGGCAGCGGCUACGGGCCCGCUUGGUACUGGUAUAUGGACGGGACUUGACCCGCACAUCAACCUUACGGAGUUCCACGAUCAAGCCAGUAGCGCAUGGUUCCUACCCUUUAAUUCGUGCCCUCCAGGCUACGAGGCUCGAGGCGCGGGGAUGCUGAAUAUGAACAUGUUGAGCGGCGACGGAGGAGGAGGAGGGGACGGGGCAGGCGGUGGAAAUGAGGGCGGGGGAGAUGGAGGAAACGGGGGUGGGGUGCCGCAUAUGAUAUCUCCAAGUGGUGGACAUGCUGGACCGGGCGCUCCCCCCAGUGCAACCGCAUAUCACGAUAGUGUACGAUGA